AUGAGAAUAAUCAAAGCAGCCCUAAUCACUAUCGCCAUUACUCUCCUCUUCAUAGAUAAAUCUUCAGAAGAAGACGACUGCGUAGCUGCAAUAGUCAGUCUCCAACCUUGCACAGACUAUAUUACAGGCAGUAGCUCAGCUCCUACUCCUCAAUGCUGCUUGAAGUUAGCGACAGUGGUGAGCACAGAACCUGCUUGCUUGUGUAUAAUCGUUAAUGGCGGUGGCUCUCAGUUCGGGAUCCAAGUUAAUCAGACCAGGGCUUUGGCUCUCCCAGGUGAAUGUAAAGUUCAGACUCCGCCAGCCAGUCGAUGCAACGCAGCUACGGUGCCAUCGCCGUCCGUUUCUCCUCCCGGUGGAGGCAAUUCUAACGGCGGAGAUUCUGCGGGAAGGUUUUUGAAGCCAGUGUCCCUUCCUGUUGUCUUCUCUAUUGUAACAACAGUAAUAGCUUAUCUUUCAAUGUCUUCCAUGAUCUUCUAA